AUGGUUGGUGGCUCCAUCAAGGACACGGGACCCUGCACGCAGUGCGCGGGAGGCAAGCAGACGUGUGACAGCGACCAACCUUGCACGUCGCGUUCCAACCUUGGCAUCUGCUCCAACAAGACUUCCACGAAUGCCAUCCCAGCACCCGGCAGCGUCGGCACGUCGUCGCACUCUGAGAGCCUCUCAUUCCCUGUCACCUCGGACACCAACAAGCUUAUUAACACGCCGUCUUGGACAGCCCCGACCACGUCGACGACCACAAUGGCAGCAGCGGCGGGUACGGUCGAGCCUGUUGCGCUGCCGGUCGACACAAGCACCUCUGGGCUUUCACACUCAGCAGCAGAGCUCACCGACGCUGAGCUGAUCCAGGUGGUGGCCGACUUGGAGGAAAAGAUCCAGUUCCUGCUCAAGAGUGUCACGGCCAUCGAGUGUCAGACAGAAGGUACCAAGCGAGACGUGGAGGCUUUAUGGCGCGAGCUGAAGGCUGCCCAGCGCGACCUGGAGGCUACCCGACGCGAGCUUGAGGCUGCCCGGCGCGAGAUUGCAGACCUUAAGUCCAACGUCAAGCGGGCAAGGCGGGAGAUGUCCAAGCUCUCGACCACCGUGAAGACCCAUGCCGCCGUAGUGUGCAGGGCCGGCCGACAGCUGAAGAGGGCGCAGGCGGAGACGAACGGCGGCUCCUCGAAACCUAAGGCCACGAACCGCAAAGUCAAGCAACUCGUCAACUGGUGUAACAAGGUCCGCUCCAAGUUGAGGGGAUGGGGUAGACGCCAGGCCCCUAAGCAAGGCGACGGCAAAAAGGUGUGA